UCACGCCCCAAGCUGGUGGAGCCUGUGGACUAUGAAACCUUUGUUGUCAAGAAUAAAGUGCUGCUACACAAUGAUCCACAGAGGGACAUGCUUAACUUCCCUCACGAUGAUGUGGAAGUUCCGCCUCCAGCUCCGGCUCGCUUGAUCAGAACUACAGUGUCCACAGUGCCGGCCAAUGCUCAGCAAGAAGUGACCAACCUGCUGGUCAAGGAAUGCCUGAAGACCUACACAAGUGAACUUCAGACAGUCAAAUUCAAAUACCAGGCUUAUGCUGGAAGUUACCAGCAACUUCCAAA